AUGUCAAACUUUGCUUACAAAUGUUUGAUGGAAACAAACAAGUUGACUGGGUCAAAUUUCACGGAUUGGCUCCGUUGUUUGCGCUUGGUGCUACGGCAUGACAAGGUUGAGUAUGUCCUGGACAAACCAAUCGGUGUCAUCCCCGAUAAGGAAUCUCUUGAGUUUGCUACGUUUGACGUUGAAGCUCAUCAGAAACACAUUGAUAAUGCUUCUGAUGCUCAGUGUGUCAUGUUGUCUUCUAUGAGUUUGGAACUGCAAAGACAACAUGAACACAUGUUUCCAUAUGAAAUGCUUAAGCACUUGGAGAGUUUGUAUGCUUCACAAGCUCAAACUAUGGAGUAUGAGAUACUUCGCGAUCUCUUCAAGUGCAAGCUUCGUGAUGGAAGCAAGGUUUCUGAGCAUGUGCUGAAAAUGAUUGGUUUGAUUGAGAGGUUAGCAUCGAUUGGAACGGUGCUCCCCGCAAAUGUCUCAACAAAUCUAAUUUUGCAGUCUCUACCUAGUAGUUUUGAGAAUUUCAUUGUGUAUUUCAACAUGAACAACACGAAGGUAAAAUCUGUGCUCAUGGUGAGCUCUUCUGCGAAAUCUUCGAAAUGGAAGAAUAAGCAACAACAGAAGAAGAAAGCAUCUAAGGAUGCUGUUCUAAAGCCUAAGAGUGGAGGGCCAAGAAGAAGUCGAAAUUAUCAAAGGAUGAGUGUCUUUUCUGUCAUGAGAAGAAACACUGGAAGAAAGACUGCCCAAAAUUCAAGGCACAAGGUGCAUAAAGUGGGAGCUCAGAUACAGCUUGUGGCUCACACAUUUGUAAUAAUGUGCAAGGUCUAA